AUGGAAAUACAUAAUAUUAAUAAAUCUAUUGAGGUGAAUACGAAUACAAUUGACGAUAAUAAAGUGAAUGCAAUAAAAGAGAAUCCAAUUAACGAUAAUAAAGUGAAUACAGCCAAAGAAGAUACAGCCAAAGAGGAUACAGCCAAGGAAGAUACAGCCAAGGAAGAUACAGCCAAGGAAGAUACAGCCAAAGAAGUUACAGCCAAGGAAGAUACAGCCAAAGAAGAUACAGCCAAAGAAGAUACAGCCAAAGAAGAUACAGCCAAGGAAGAUACAGCCAAGGAAGAUACAGCCAAGGAAGAUACGGCCAAAGAAGAUACAGCCAAAGAAGAUACAGCCAAAGAAGAUACAGCCAAGGAAGAUACAGCCAAAGAA